GCAGAUUAUAGUAGGCGAUGGAGUGCAUUCAACAGUUCACACACAGUCUCUUUCCUAUCCCAUUCUACGGGAAAAACUUCAAAACCUCUACAAAUACUCCAUUACAGACCAUCCCAAUUAUACUUCUCCAUCCAACCCGGAAACCCAAUUGCAGACCCAAGAAUUCAUACCUGAGCCCCACCUUCAAUGUAAACUUGAAACCCCAAAGAAAUUACAGCGCUACUUCAACAGCUCGGGCUGGUUGGUUUCUGGGUAUGGGAGAGAAGAAGCAGAAUUUGCCAGACAUUGUGAAGGCUGGCGACCCUGUUCUUUAUGAACCGGCCCGAGAGGUCCCACUAGAAGAAAUCGGGUCGGAGAGGAUCCAAAAGAUUGUAGAUGAUAUGGUGAACCUGAUGAGGAAGGCACCUGGGGUUGGUCUUGCUGCUCCUCAGAUUGGUGUUCCUUUGAAGAUAAUUGUUUUGGAAGACACGAAAGAGUACAUCAGUUAUGCACCAAAGGAGGUGACAAAAGCACAGGAGCGGCGUCCUUUUGAUCUAUUGGUCAUUCUGAAUCCAAAACUUAAAAAGAAGGGCAACAAAACUGCCCUGUAUUUUGAAGGGUGUUUGAGCGUUGAUGGAUUUAGAGCGGUUGUGGAGCGAUACCUAGAGGUUGAGGUUACAGGUUUUGAUCGAGAUGGCCGGCCAAUCAAAAUUGAUGCCUCAGGUUGGCAGGCCCGUAUUUUGCAGCAUGAAUGUGAUCAUCUAGACGGAUCUCUCUAUGUUGACAAGAUGGUCCCCAGAACGUUCAGGACCGUAGAGAACUUGGAGUUACCUCUCUCUGCUGGGAGCCCCAAGCUGGGUGAUCGCUAAUCCAUUUUAUCAGAAAACUCUUGAUCACACAUUUUUUAGGAACCUGUUGGGUUCCAUAUCCUCUUGGUGAGAUGUAAUAUCAAUGAAACUCUGUGUAGGACACUUUUUUGAAGAUGACAGAUGAAGAUUUGUAUUCAAAUUACAAUUCGAGCAGAUUGGAGAUGUUGGAACUGUGCAGAUGUCUUUGAUGCAUCUGAGUUGUUCUUGAAACAGUUUCUAGGAUGAGAUCCAUUUCGAUCUUUAUUUUUGGCUUACACGCAAUUUCUUCUUAGGGCUACAUCGCGAGA